CUAAUGCAAAGUGGACAACCAGGUCCAGAUGCCAGGUUUCUGAGUCCCUAGGCUUUCCCUGAUACUCGACACUGGGUCUUAUUCUCACCAGCUGCUCGCUCAAAAUGACGUUUAAAAUUUUUGGCCAUUCAAAGCUGUGCUUGAAUUAGAUGGUAAGGAGUUCGUCGAUCUCUGGGCGCGCCCGUCAGAAUCGAAGGCGAUAAGAAGCACAUCAGUGCAUUCAUGUGCAAGGUGCCUCAACCUUGCGCUUCUAACCACGUUCUUUGUUACGCGACCGCAAAAUUGGUUGAUAUGGCACACUCGGGAAUGCUGACAUAAUGUGGGCAGCCAGCUUCAGUCUCUCCCCAACAACGCGUUGUGCAACCCCCGCCCACUUUCCCAGUCCCCGUAUAUUCCUAUGGUCCCUGCAUCUUGGCCCCCUGCUGUGCGUGAGCAGGGCAGCGGGGAUGCCAACAGGUGGAAGUCCGUCAACCCGGGCCCAGAGGAUCCGGGAUCUUAUAGGGCUCAUACGUCUUAGCUCCAGCACGCAGCGCUUUCGCUGUUGGAUCCAGCAACUGUCUUCCAGUCUUCACCGUCAUUACGCGCUACUGAGCGCGGACGUGGUAUUGGCAAAAUACCGUUAACGUCCAAUUCGUGUGUUCGGCAACAGCGUCACGAUGUUACAGAUGGAGUCCAUUAUACUCCCACUCUGAACACAGGAGUAGCCCAGGAUGCCAACAUAGUCUGGUGCUCGCCGAGCGGCCAGACAC